AUGAGAUAUAAGGAAUGUUUUGAUGAAACAGAAAUGAAAGCAGGAUUAGUGUUUGUGAUGUUCAGAUACUUUGUAAGAGCAGAUGUGUUCAAAGAGGUCAAUCUGGAGCGUCUUUUGAGCAGCGAUUCGAAGGAUACACGAUCUGAUGGGGUGAAUGGCUCAUCCAUAAGUGAAGAAUCGAAAGACUCGAAGAUGUCAUCGAUGCUUAUGGGGCAAGAUAAGGGCGGAGAUAUGGAAAGGCCGAGCGACGUGCCGAUUAUUAUUAUAUCUUCCGAAGAAAGCAUGAAGGGCAAGACUGGCCAAGAGCGUGAGCAGCAGGUUAUUUCAAUUGUGAAGGGGGUGCUGUCUGAUCAGAGCAUCAAGGCAGAUCUUCAAUCACUAUCUGGUGGAGAUGCAAGUGAGAGCAAUGAUUCCGAAAAGUUCCGAGAGAGUACGGAGGGAGCUAGAACACCUGGAGUGGUGUACACGCCAUCAGUGGCCAAUAUUGCAGGAGGAAGCAGCAACGAAUCGUAUUGGACAAGCAUAAUUGAUGAUGAUGGCAAGGUCAAGAAGGUUAAGGUGAAUGUAAAGGUAAUGACUAUUGUGCAAGAUAUUGGAGAUCCAGCAGGGCAGAGCAAAGAUGAUAAGAGUGCAAAUGGUGUGAAUGGAUCAGGAGAGAAGCAAGAAGCGACUCAAGGGAAUGGAGAUGUUUCUACUACAGUAUCUACAAUCGGAGUAAAUGGUAGUAGUAAGAAGGAAAAAGAGAGGAAUGAUAAGGAUAAGAAUAAAGAGAAGGAAAAAGAGACAGAGAAAGAUAAGGAGAAAGAGAAAAAAGAAAAAGAAGAGAAAGAGAAAGAGAAAGAGAAAAAAGACAAAGAAGGAAAAGAAGAGAAGAACAAAGACAAGAAAAACAAGGAAGAAAACGACAAGGAUAAGAAAGAAAAGCUAAAACAGAGGGAAGACAAGAAAAAAAAUGAGAAGGAUAAGAAAGAAGAUGAUGAGUCUUCAGACAUAUCGUCUAUAAAGAGUAUUUUUGGAUUUUCAGAUAAAGACAAAGACACGGAAUCUAAGAAGGAUGGCGUAAAGGAGAAAGAAGAGAACGGCAAGGACAAGAAGGAUAAGAAAGAAGGUAAUGAUGACAGGAAGAGCAAGAAGGAUAAGGAAGAAGAUAAGGAUAAAGCUGGCAAGAAGGAAGAUAAAAAGGAAAAAGAAGAUGAUAGCAAAGAUAAGAAUGGUGAUACUAAAAAGAGCAAGCGAGAUAGCAAAGAGGAUAAGGAUGAAAAGAGCCCUGAAAUGAAUGAUUUGUUUUAUGUUCUGAAGAACAUGCCUGAGAGAGUCAAUCCUAACAAGCCUGGUGGAAAGCUGUUUGUCGAAGGAAACUUUGCUGCAGUCAAGGAAGAGAAGUUGAAGGAUAAGAAGUUCACCUUUUCUGGAUAUAUCCAGGCUGCAAGCGGAUAA